CGGCGGGCUUACGGCGAGCACCGCGUGUGAGUGUUCGUUUCCGCGGAAAAAAUGCGGACCAGACUUAGGAGAGCGGCGUCCGUUUUGUCCCUCGUGCUGUGGGCGCUGACUGAGCAAGUCCUCGGGGAAGCUGGUGCUAAUCCAGACGCCAACCCAGCAGCCAAGCCCUUACCCGAUGCAAAAGCCGAAGCCACACCAGAUGCCCAAGCCAAGGCAAAAUCAUUAAGCCAUCAUGGACUUGGCGAUUACGAUUUUGGAUACGGUGGAUUUAGCUUUGGUGGAUUUAGCCACAGUGAAGCCGAUUACGGGUACAUUCCACACCAUGAUUCACAUGGAUUCAAAAGUCAAGAAGGCUACGACGAUGGAUCACUAGAGGGGUACUUCCUCAGUGGCUCGCUUGGCAUCAAUAAUUAUGGUCCGGUAUACGAUCAGGACUUCGGGCAUGCACACGGAUACGGUCACGGCUACAAGUACCUAGGAUUCGCACCUAACGAUUACCAGGGUUCAGGAUGCUACAAGGCUCACUACAUCACCAAGUACAACACAGUUUACAAGGAUGUGCCGAUUUACAAGCAGGUCUACAGGACACAAGUGAUUCCCGAGACCUAUUACCAUACAAUAUACCUCAAAGACUAUGUAACUAAAUACAAUACGAAACAACUUCCUCACUACAUAACUGAGUACACUACAGUUAAAGAUCUCAAGUAUGUAACCAAGACUGAAACUGCCUACGAGACGAAGCUGCUGCCGCAGCAUAUCACAAAAGUCGACUACGUGCCGACGUAUCAGACAGAGAAGAAGUUUAUUCCGGUCUAUAAAACAAAACAAAUCUACGAAACUGUCAUCGAAACCAAGUAUGAACCGUCGUACGUGACAGAGAUUUACACACAAAGCGACUACGAAUAUACAACGGAUUAUUUUCCGACCUACAAAACCAUAACUAAAGUCACAACAGAUUAUAAAACUCUCUGCUCCAAGCCCCUCUACGGCCAUACUUCAUAAUUAAGUGAUUCAAAGUCAAGUUCUUUAUUAAUUAAAUAAUGUUCAAUAAUGUAGAGGAAUGUUUCAAAGUUUGUUACUCGUGACUAGAAUGACAAUUUGAUAGCAUUUUUGUUAAUAACAUGUUCAUUCAGAAAUACCUGUCGAAAACAUGAAAUCGCAGGUUACUUGUGUACAUCGUCUCUCAUACUUCCUAGUGUAAAUCAUCUGAAAAAUUAUUCAUAAGUUUUUUCAGUUCAUAUGCUAUGUUAUAAAAACAAAACCAAUAAAGAUGGUCAGAGACAAACGUUUCUCGUUGAAAAUCGCUGUCAAUUUUUCAAAAAUAAGUUAAGAAGGUAAAGUUCUUUAAUGACACAAAUCCUAGUUAUUUUAAUUCCUUAUUUGUUGUGUAUGAAGCGCUAUAUCGUAUUGAGAAACACUUUAAUUUGAUUUCAUGUAAGUAUUGAUAGUAGGACUGGUGCGACUGUAAACGAGUCCAAUGUAGAGUGUCGUUUAGAGAUGUUGACUAUUUUUAAUCCCAAGUGAGAACGCCGAUUGUUUAUUAAAAUCUUUUGCGAA